AAAGAGAGAAGCAAUUGUUAGCAAUGAGGAUUAGUCUACCUGGAGUCAUAUUAAAAAAAACGCUAGGUUUUCGUACUCAUUAAACUUUUUUUACUGUCUUUUGCAGACCGUAUACGAUCCGUCACUGGUUGCUUGCUAUAACAUGCUGUUUACAUGCCUUCCCGUCUUAGCAUUGGGUAUUUUCGAUCAAGAUUUUAACGAUGAAGACAGCCUGCACCAUCCUCGGCUAUACCUUCCAGGACAAUAUAACUUAUUUUUUAACAUGAGAAUAUUUAUUUGGUCUCUUCUACACGGAAUGAUUAGUUCUAUAGUGAUUUUCUUUGUUUCGUACGGCACGAUAUACAACGCUGCUGAUUUCACUGGACGCGAUAUGAAUGAUUAUCCUUUAUUGGCGUUUACAACAUUCACGGCUUUAAUCAUUGUCGUCACUGGACAGAUGGCUUUCGAAACCGGGUUUUGGACUGUAUAUAACCAUGUUUCUUUGUGGGGAUCUCUUUUAUUUUACUUUGCAGUGGUCAUUUUACUUUAUGAAGCAAUCCCGGUUAAUGUGACGAUAAAGCUUGAGUCUUCCUUGUCUUGCGGCAUUGUUUUUCGCUCUGUGGGAACGCCGCACUUUUGGUUCAGCAUUUUGAUGAUCUCCGCUAUUCUUCUUUUACCGGUUAUACUAAACAGAUUCUUCUGGUCUGACACUCGUCCGACGUAUGCCGACUGCUUGCGCAUGGAUAAGAGGUUAAAGAAACCCCCAAAGCUAGCUCCAGCCCCGACUCUGUUUGUUCGGAGCGCUGCAAAUCGUCGCAGCCGUCAAGGUUCUGUGCGCUCUGGUUACGCUUUUGCUCACCAGCAAGGUUUUGCUGAGUUAAUAACAGCAGGGCAGUGUUUUCCUCCAGCGCUAAAAGAAGAAAACUUGGGCAGGUGUACUAUCUUAAUGUGUACUUCUCUUGUUGUUUUAUCAGGGCAGUUGAAAAAUAAUUAUCACUUUGUUCCAUUCUAUUUUAGUCUUGUAAAGAGCGAUAUUUGUGGCAACUUUAAUGAACAAGUACGAAAAACACUGUCAUCAAUCAACGAAAAUCCCACCGGUUUUCCAGAAAGUUUUUUUGCAGAAGACCGACCUUUUUAUUCUGCUAGCGCUCAGAACAAGGUAGUAUCAACUUUUUUGAAAUUUUUUCUCGCAUUACAUACUUUAAGCAUAUAG